AUUGACCUGUCCUCUCAACACUAAAAGUCUAAAAGAAAACAACUCAUAUCAUAAAGCUCUUGCAAUUACAUCCUUUAGCAUGUAAUGAUUAUGUGAGAGCCCUUGUUUAAGCAAAGCCAAACAUGGUGAAAGCGCCAGGUUUAAGCAAAGCCCAGCAGGAAGGAGCCUCAUUCCCUUUAUUUGUCUACCUAUCAUUGUGAGAAAAAACCUUUUUAUUCCAUUUAUCACAUGCCCAUCAUUCAUCUUUCUUCAGUGCUUGAACAACUAGUCUUGAAUAAUUAUUGCCAUUUCCACAAAUCCAAACCACAUUUCUUGCCUUUUGUUUUUACUUUUAGAACACUGGACAUGGUUGAGGUAAAAAUUGAAGGUAAUUCCUUAUGGAUAGAACUCUUUCAAACCAAGAAGAAAGAGAGGCCACUAUGCAGCACCGGCCAAAGCUCAAGUCUUUUUCACUUCUGAAGCAGACUACUAGUUCAAGAAAUUCCGACCCAAUAUCUACAUUGUCGUUUUGGGCUUCAAAAUCUAUUAGAAUCUUGAAAAACAGAGCCAAAGUGGCUAAUGGGUUUUCCAGUAAAAGGUUCCAUUUUGAUGGUAUGGUAGUGAAUAACUCUGUGUAUUGUGCUUCUCCCAGUUAUCUUGAGGCUGCAAUGGAAGGUUUGGUAACGGAUAGUGAAAUAGUAGAACAGGGAAAUGUUGGGUUUAGUGAGAAUAGGAGUAAAACUGGUGCCUUUUUGGAUCUGAAUGAAGAGGAGAUUAGAGAGAGUAGUUCAAGUUCUGAUUUUCUGGCUUCUGAAAUUACUAGGAAUGAUGAGAACAGCAGUUCUGAGGAUUCUUCUUCACCACCUUCAAUGGGUUGGUUAAUGCAGAAUAAUGAAAGGCCACAUCGUGUCAAAUCUGAUGUUUCUAAAGAGGUUGAGAAACCCCAUUUGGAUAACAGAAAAUUAGAGAAGCAAGGGUCAUCUCUGUCAGGAUUUUCGUGUUGUGUAGAAAUUGAGAUGAUGAAAGAAAGAUUUUCAAAAUUGCUGCUUGGGGAAGAUAUGUCUGGGUGUGGAAAUGGGGUUUGUACUGCUCUGGCUACAUCAAAUGCUAUUACUAAUCUUUGUGCUACACUUUUUGGGCAAAUAUGGAGAUUGGAACCUUUACCAACUGAGAAGAAACUGAUGUGGAGAAGGGAAAUGGAGUGGCUUCUUUGUGUUAGUGAUCAUGUUGUUGAAUUGAUACCUUCUUGGCAGACAUUUCCAGAUGGAAGCAAGCUUGAGAUCAUGACUUCCCGACCCCGGUCAGAUCUAUACAUUAACCUGCCAGCUUUACGGAAAUUAGACAAUAUGCUACUUGAAAUAUUAGACAGCUUUGAAAAUUCAGAGUUCUGGUAUGUUGAUCAUGGUAUUUCAGCGCCAGAAACCAAUGGAGCUUCCUCUUUCCGCAUGCCACUUCCCCAUCAAGAGGAAAAAUGGUGGCUUCCUGUUCCUCGUGUCCCAACUGGGGGCCUCAGUGAAGAAGCAAGAAAGAGGUUACAGCAUAGUCGUGAUUGCACAAACCAAAUCCUUAAAGCUGCAUUGGCCAUCAACACUUCUGCUUUGGCUGAAAUGGAUAUUCCCGAUGCAUAUCUAGAAGCACUUCCUAAGAAUGGAAAAGCUAGUUUGGGGGAUCUUAUUUAUCGCUACAUUAACUCAGAUCAGUUUUCACCUGAAUGUUUGCUCGACUGUCUUGAUUUGUCUUCUGAGCAUCAUGCUCAAGAAAUUGCAAACAGGUUUGAGGCUUCAAUCCAUGUGUGGCGCAGAAGAUCAAACUCAAAACCAUUACAAAUGGCACAACGAUCCAAUUCAAAGUCAUCGUGGGGAAUGGUCAAAGAUUUUGUGAUUGAUGCAGAUAAGAGAGAAUUGCUUGCAGGCAGAGCUGAAAGCCUGCUUCUAUGCUUGAAGCAACGGUUUCCUGGUCUCCCUCAGACCUCUCUGGAUAUGAGCAAAAUCCAAUAUAAUAAGGAUGUCGGCAAAUCCAUUUUAGAGAGCUACUCAAGAGUUCUGGAGAGCCUAGCAUUCAAUAUUGUGGCACGUAUCGAUCACCUAGUCUUCGUGGAUGACUUGGCUAAACAUUCAGAUAAGCUCUUGCCAGUCUCCAACGUUGGGAUGAUGGCUCAUAAGAGUGUUGGCAUUCGACUACCAGUCCUGUCCAGCACGCCGUACAAAACAGCUUUUGCAACGCCGAGCUUCUCACCUGCAGAGCACAUAAGUCCUGCAAAUGGAGAUAGGUCUCCAUAUAUUGAAAGCAACAAGCUUUCCUUUCGCGGGUUUGGUGUGAAAAAGGUUUUGACAGAUUAUCUGAGCUUUAAUUCAAAAGGGAAGGAAUUUAGCAACCUUGGAAGAUCAGAUUCCUUUUCGAGUACAACUCGGGAAACGUCGACAUCUCCUUCAGUUGAAUCUUGCAGGUUUUCAAAAGAGGCUGGUAGUUCACAGAUACACCAUUCAGUUGGGGAAGAAUGAACAAAUUGGUCCUUCUUCAUUCCUUCAUUUAUCUUCUUCUUCUUGUUUUCUUUUUUAGAUUUCCAAGGCUACAUAUUUAAUUCAUGUAUCAAUAUUAUCAUCAGCUGAGUGCAAUGUAUUCCCAAUAUACAAUCUCCUUUUUGAGAUUGCAGCUAUUCAACUGAUUUCAUCUUCAGAAAAAAUGGUAUAUUGCAGCUAUUCAACUGA